GUCGGCUUCAUGACGCUGACUUUGUUGUGUUAACCCAGAUCGUGUUGUGCUGUGUCGCCAGUGAGAGCUAACUGUUACAUGUCGCAGUGAUGUAGCUCGUAGAAGAAGGACUUUAACCUGCUGUGACCGGCUAACGUUAGCUAACGUAAGCUAAUGCUACAGGGGACCGUCUGUGAAACUACUGCGGCUCCGGUCGUCAACCCGCUAGCUAACUAACUAGCUAGUUACACGCUAGCAGACACGCUGGUGUGAGUUUGCGAUGUGCUGCUGUUUGUUUCUCUCUCCCUGGUCGCGGCUGGUUCUGUAACUCAGCUGCCGGGUGGGAAACUGUUCUUUGUGUGACUGUGUGAAGCAGAACAACACCGUCCUCCCGCCGUUAAUGCUGGUGUCUCUGUCGUCAGAACUCAAGCUAAGAUGUGGCAGAGUGUCGGGCUCACGCUGCUGGUCAUUGUGGCCACUCUGGUGUGUGCGCUGCUCUUCAUGCUGUUUGGGUGGUACGUAGUCUGGCAGCUCUUCCUGUCCAAGUUCAAGUUCCUGCGUGAACUUGUUGGGGACGCUGGAACCCCCCAGGCCGAAACCCAGCCGUCCGAAACCAAGACUGAACGUACAGCGAACGCCGCAACUCGAAAUCGGCCCAAGACUGCCGCACGCCAAAGAGUCGCCCCCCCAGAGAGCUCCUCAUAGAUCAUCCUGACCUGUCUCACCAUGGCUCCUCGUCAGCCCUCUACUAAUGUCCUGUGUGACCAUCAGAGACAUUUCCCACUGACCCUGUGAACUACACUACACAAGGACCCACCCCAACACCCCACCCCCACCAGGACACUUUAAACUGACCAGGCAGAUCUCCUGGCUUCAAAGGGAAAAGCCAUUAAUGUUCACUGCUGUCCAUUUCUUUAUGUUCUUAUGUUUAAUUAUGUUUAAUUAUGUACAGUCACGAGUUCUGAGUCUGAGUCACUCACUGUCCUCUGGUUACCCUGCACCAGGGACGGCCGAGCUGCUUCCUGUCUCCUCUGUGGAGCUCUGACAAACAGAUGUUUUGAUUCUCCAUGUUCAUGUCCUUGUGUAUUUUUGCAGAGGUUCACAGAUAACUAUUAAACUCUGAGCUCGUUUGCAUCAGUUCAACAACUGAAGAUGAACUCAAACCUGAAACUGACAACUUUAUUUUCUUUAAAACACAAUGAAGUGCAAUGAAAGGACGUUCAUGCUGUCAUUUGGUUUUUUCUUGGAACAGUGAACUUCUCUAUAUAUUAUGGAGAUAUUAUAAUAAUUAUUAUUUUUACCAUCUGUGCGCCUCGUAGAAAGAAAAUGCCUUCAAGGAAGAAGACGAAUAACGAGUGAGAUGUGACUUUUUCUGUUUUACCUUUUUAUCGACUCGCACUUGAAGAGUCAGAGGAAGUGUUGAGUCAGCUGAGCGACAGAAGCCCCUCCCUCCCUGUGCCUCUGUCUGUACCUGUGCCUGUCUACAUGGCGUCCACUGUUCGUGACCCGGCCUCAACAGCAGCUUUGUGUCCGUCACAGGACAAAGCUGACCAGGUUUAAUCAAUAUGUAUGUGAUAUAGUUUCCCUCCAGGUACAACAUUUGUGAAUCUGGCACCUUUUUAUCAGCAGUGAUUUGUUUUCUUCAGAGGAGCAGUAGCUUCAAAUAAAUAAUGUCAUGAACAUGUUGAGCUCUGUCCCGUUCUGUUUGAGGAAAAGUCAUUGUAGUGAACGUGUGAUUGAUUGUUCAGUCUUUUUUAAUAUACACAAAAUUCCCUUCUUGACCUCAUUCUGUAUAAACACAUGGAAAUAACCAUAUUUUAACUAGCUGAUAUUUUUAUUAUCGUUACAGUAAAUUAAUCUGCAUCUAUUUUGAGUAUUAAGUGUUUGUUGUUUCUCAAAUGUGAGAAUGAGCAGCUUUUUCUAUUUCUUGGAGAAAAACAGAUAAAUGUGGUUCAGACAUCGUCAUGUGGAUAAUCACGUUGUUGUUGACAACGGAUGAAAUCCUGCUUUUCACCCUGUAAACCAACAUGAAACUGCUCAGCUCUUUAAAGUCAUUGUACUUGACAGCUUUCAGCUGCUGACAUCCUUCCUCAAUUUGACCACCAGGUUUCAGCAUCGCACUGAUAGAAAAACAGCAUCCAGCCUGAAGGUACCAGCUCCUCAUGUUUCAGUGUUUGUGAGCAGUAACUAACUACAGUUACUGAAGUAAAUGUUUUGUGCAUGAGUUCAUGUUUUAGGUACUUGUAUAUUUUGUGGUACUCUAUACUUCUACCAUCACAAUUAUACAAGCAACAUUAAUGAAAUAUGCUGUAUAUAUUUAGUUGUUAUUAUUCCACCUCAUCCAGCUGAAACAUUAGUGAGCGUACACGUUAAUUAGUAAUAAUAAUAUAACUCUGUUACAGGGAACAUUCUGUUGCCUCAUUAGAACUUCAAAUCAUUUUAAUUGAGUCAGUUUUAAUACUAUAAGAACAUGUUGCUGCUAAAACUUUGGUGUUUAUAGUGAAGUGAAAUUAUGAAUGUAGGACUUUGAUUUAUGGUAGCAAUACUUCCUCCACUACAGGUGAGUAUAAAGUCUUUGGUUUAAAAUGUCUCACAAGGCAAAUUUAAAAUAAAUUAGUGUUUGAUGGUUAAUGAGACUCAGAUCUGUAGAACAAAAGGAGUUAAAAUUAGUUUUAUUUUGUCUAAUAUUUUUAC